AUGCUGUACUUAACCGUAGCUGCGGAGCUCUCCGAAAAUAUCGUCAAAGUGUCUACUAAAAAUUCCGAGACUGACCCGGCGGAAUUCUGCUUCGACUUGGUGUGUACCAGUUGCAGAGAGAUGCAUGACUCUCCCGUAACAAUUAACAGUUUUGAGAAACAUGAUAUGAGCGGGAGUAGAGGAGAAGCAUCUUUCACGCUAAAAUGUAAGUUUUGCCAGAAUGAGUGCUCUAUCAAUCUGAGCCCGUUCGAAGAUGCCUUGUACGCACAACCACAGGAAAACAAAGACAAGAGGAAAAAACAUGGGCUGGGGAAAGUCGCUCUCAAUGAGGCUGUAAUCUUGCAAUUGGAUUGCAGAGGCUGCGACCUCAAAGUAUUCCAUUUCGAUAACUUGAUCUUUCUCGUCGAGUUAGCCUCCGGUAAGAUUAUGGAAUGCCAGUUUGAACAAGGUGAGGAUGAAUGGUACGACUACGAUGACGAUGCCAACGAAGAAGUGUCGAUAACUGAAUUUAAGUAUCAGUUUGUGAAAGGGAAGUGA